AUGAAGAUGAAGAGAACACAAGAAGUCAGAGAAAAUAAGAUAAAUGAAGAAGAAGAGAAGCAGUGGGACAAAGCAGAGCAUUUGGAAGAAAUAAAAGCGGAUACUGAAUUACCAGAAGAGUACUAUCUUGGGCUUGAGGAUUUAUCCUGGAACCUGAACUCACUGGAGCAGUUACUGUAUAUCAGCCUGCCAGCAUGGAUACAAAGAGCUUUGCUUUGCAACCUAGAUGAGCAGUUUGGCAUCUGGACCUUUCACAACAAUAUCCUGCCAUGUCGUCUCAUAUCCUACACCCUACUGCCAUUCACUCUGCCUGCUUCAACUGUCAUCUCAUUCAUCUAUAGAUUUUUGUGCUGGGUGAAGAAAAUCCCCCACCAGGCUCUGAAUGCAGGCAGGGAAUUCAAACAGGAAGUAAUCGCACAUCUGCGGUUAGUCUUUGCGCACUUGAGAGGACUUAUGCCGAACAGAUUCCUGCUUUCGCAAAUUCUACCUUUGGUCCCCAUGCUUUCUCUGUUUCUUGCACCCUGGUCCUGUUUCCCAUCUCUUCCUUCUACUUUGCUUCCCUGUUUCUCUUUUCCUUUACUUUCUCUUGCUUUGCGUUUCCUGCCACGCCGUCUCUCCACUUCAACCUCAAAGAAGCAGCCCGAGCGCAGGAGCCAGACUCAGACUCUCUGGUCUAGACGACGAUCUCUCCUCUGCUUCCAGCUCACCGGAUCCAGCAGUUUCUGCAAAAAGACAGAUAGCAUCCUUACAGAUGCAGAGGCACAAUCUUCAGCCUUCCUCUUGCAGCUCAACGUAGAGUUGGACAGCCAUCCUGAACCCCUACAGCAGGGCUGUCCAAACUCGACAAACGUCUCUGUACUGUAG